AGGGAAAGUCAAAGCUUGCGAAGCAAAAACACACAGCGAGACGAGAAGUUUAACUUGCUCCGCUCCACUCCACUCUUCGAUCGAGCGAGCGAGAGAGCGAGCCCUGCGUCUCUCUGCCUCGUCACUGUGAUUCGCUCCGAAGCUUUGCGUUCCUUCCCUUUCUCCCUUCUCUUCUCCUCACUAUAAUCAUCCGUCACCAUAAUCGAUCCUUUUGUUUUGCUGCGAUUUCUACUUCCUUGUAGUUAAUCACGGCCAUCGGAGGAGGAGAAGAAGAAGAAGAAGAAGACGGCGACAUGGAUCACAACCAUGUCAAGCUCCUCCUCAAGCUUCUUACCCUCCUCUUCUUAUCAGGGGUAAGGAGAACAGAAGAGGCGCGAGUUUUCACCAUCGUUAACUACUGCAAGACCACGAUUUGGCCGGGAAUCACUCCGGGAGAAGACUUCGACGGCGGCGGGUUCGUCCUCAAUCCCGGCCAGUCGGUGGUGUUCACCGCCUCCGUCGGGUGGAACGGCCGCAUCUGGGGCAGGACCGGCUGCAACUUCGACAGCGGCGGCACCGGUUCGUGCCAGACCGGCUCCUGCGGCAACACCUUAAAGUGCGGCGCCUCCGGCGAGACUCCGGCUACGCUCGCCGAGUUCAACCUCGCCUCCCCCGACUUCUACGACGUCAGCCUCGUCGACGGCUUCAACCUGCCCAUGACGGUGACGCCGCUGAACGCGCAGGGUGGAGGCAACUGUGUUUCCGUCGGAUGCGAUGGCGACCUCCGUGACAGCUGCCCGGCGGAGCUUGCGGUGAAGGCCGAUGGUCAAACGAUAGCCUGCCGGAGCGCGUGCGACGUGUUUAAUACCGAUCAGUACUGCUGCCGAGGCACCUUCGGAUCGGCUACGUGCCUACCCACUAACUACUCCAAACCCUUCAAGAAGGAGUGCCCCUCCGCCUACAGCUACGCAUACGACGACAGGACGAGCCUCUUUACAUGCAACGACGCCGAUUACAUUGUCUCCUUCUGCUCCCAAAGAAUCCAGAAGAAGAGCCAGAGGGUAUGCACCUACCACAUCAACAAGCUAAUUUGCAGUGGAUCGCCCAGAAGAGCAUCAUCAGGGAAAUGGCCGUUUUUAUUGCUCUUAUUCUUUGCGGGCUUGUUGUGGCCAUCAUUGAAGCUGUGACAACCGAUUCUUUUCUUUGUAUCUGGUUUGGAAAAUAAAGCUGCUGAGGAUGCCUCGAAGGUACAGGAUCCUCUACUCAAAGUUGAGAACUAGUAGUUAAUUGGGAAGGACAUGAUGGAAUGAUAAUGUAUCUUCUUUUCACAGCUCAAGAAUCAUGCUUUUACUUGUGGGAAUGUGACAUGCCUUCUUUUUUGCUUUGCAAAGAGCACUAUGAAAUGAUGUUAAGAGCAACAGACUUGAAU